AUGUCUCUAGUAUCUGAGGGGAAAGUGUCAUCGAGUGGUGCAGGGGAUGAGUCGAAUGAUUUUGGGGGAGAUGGAUCUCAUGGGAGCAUGAGAAAGAAGAUGAAAAAAGAGCCGGUUAAUGCGCUAGAGGUGUCUGAAUCAUUGGGGUACCAGACAUUUCGCCGGAAGAUGCGGAAGAUCUGGAGCAAAGAUGAGGAUGAAUUGCUUCGGAGGUUGGUGAAUGAGGCUCUGGUGAAGCUUGGGUUUGUUGAUGGGAUCAAAUCGAUCAAAAAUAUUGAGCAGUCCAGUGAAGCUGCGAAGAAGAUACCAUGGGAUGAGCUAGCGGAGCGUGAAGAGUUUGAGAACAAACGGGCUACUGAUGUGAAGAAACGGUGGACGAGUUCUCUGGAUCCUGUGUUGAGGAAGGGGAAAUGGACUCCGGAGGAAGAUGAGCUGUUGUUGAAGUCCUAUGAAGAGCAUGGGCCUCAGUGGUUGAAGAUCUCGUAUGUGUUGAAGCACCGUACGGAAGACCAAUGUGCGAAAAGAUACAUAGAAGUUUUAGAUCCCAGUACUAAGGACAGACUACGACCGUGGGAUGAGGAGGAAGAUGUGCUUCUUAUCGCCAAGGUAAAGAAAUACGGGACGAAAUGGAGGCAGAUCUCGACUGAGAUGGAUGCAAGACCUAGUUUAACAUGUAGGAAUCGUUGGAGAAAGAUCAUUACAAUGGUGGUUCGUGGUGCGGCUUCCGAGAAAGUGAAAAGUGCGGUGCAAGCAGGAAAUACGGAUGCGGCCCAGGAACUAAUGGACUUGAAAGCAGAAAGUGAUAAAGAGGAGCGGAAUGCUAGCAGGAGCGGAAGUGUCAGUCCAAGCGAUGAACAAAAAAUUCCACCUCCACUGCCGCAGCAGCAAUUAGAACCACAACCACAACCGCAACCACAACCAGAACCACAACCACAGUCACAACCUCAGUCACAGCCACAAUCACAGCCUGCCUCCCAAACGGCUUCCCGGCCAGUGUCUAGAAUGGCUUCACCUCAGGAUUCUGUAAGAAGUGCUCAUUCUGAUUCUAAGAAGGAAGAGAGCUCACCAAUGGUUUUCAGCAAAACAAAUGCCGCAGCCUCUUUACUGAACUCUCUGAAGAAUUCAAGGUCGCCUGCAAUUCCAAACGCGAAUGCGAAUACACCAGACCAAUCAUCGGUAUUGAAUAGCUUCAGAUCGCCUUCGCCUCAGUUUCCUUCGAACCAGACACAUGCAUCUCUGCUUUCCGAUCACCAUGGCGUUAAGAAAGACUCAGCACUUCCGUCCCCGGGCAACUUCCUACAUAUUCCAAUUGCUGAACCAAAGAGACAGCAACCAGAAACAACGGUAGACUGGAAAUUCACACUUAAGGAGUCAAGUGGUCAUACAUUGUCAAAUGGAGUCAUUUCCGAUAUGUAUCUAGUGAAACAACUUAUCGAACACGCCAAAUCCAACGAUUUGAAAAUCUCAAUCCACCAACACAUCCACAACCACUACUUGGCUCCAAGACAAGCAUCUCCACCACCAUUGAUGGUACAUCAACAUCCAAGAGCAGGAACUAACAGUGCCCAAGAGCUACCGAGAAUCAGAAGCCCAUCGUUCUCUGAUCUGGAUGCCGACUUUUUGGCCAAGACCCCCAACUUUCAGACUUGGAGCCUGGAAGAAGAGAAUCCAAGCCCUUAUGGUUUGAACGACAAACUGCAAAGGUUCUAUCACCAUCACCAUCAUCACCAUCAUGAUUCACAGGUGCAAGGCAAUACUAAUGGUAACAAUGUUCCUGUUCCUAUGAACACAGCAAGUUCAAAUACGUCAUAUGCUUCUCCGGCACCACCAGAAAUCAGAGAAAUAGGUCCAAGCAGACAUUCUCAUUUCAACUAUCUCCCACCGACGUUGAAGCCCCAACUUGGUUCUAGUGAAAGCACAAAACCCAUUGAGUUGAGCCGUCUGUUAAAUCCAAGUCCGGGCUCAUCCUAUAAUAACAAGAAAAGGAGGUCUAAAAGGAAACAUAAGAGCGAUUCUCGUAAUUCAAGCGCUGCUGGCUCAACGGGAAACACCCCAGGCGAUGAUUCUGCUUCUCGAAACAAAGUCACUCCCAGCUCUAGAUCUUCCCUGUCCGUCAUGGAAGAAGAUGGGAACGAUUUUUGGGAAAACCUUAGAUCGCUAGGCGGGAAUAUCGGAGGGGUACAGGAGUCACCAAACAUGUCGAACAUGAACGAACUCUUCCAAGGGAACGGGAACGCUGACACACCAUCUGGUUAUGAUGCUAUUUUCAAACUUGUAGAACAAGGACAUUCACAAUCACAAUCACACUCACAAGAUCAACAACAAGGAACUGAAGAAGCUUCCGCAGAGUUCACUUUCAAUCCAAGUUAG